CCUCUGUUGUCCUUCAUGUUCAGGGGCUGCAUUGAGCCACCGGUGACGCCAGUGGGACGCGAUGAGCUGGAACUGAAGCGGCAACGCCUGUACACGGAGUUACUGCGAGCGGCACACGCGGCCGUCGAGCACAGCGUGGCCGUGCGGGAAAACGAACCCGACGCUAAGCCAUCGGCUGCUGCUGGACAUUUGGAAAGCAUUUGUGAACGCUUGGAGAGUCUAGUUGAUCGCUUGGAGCGUACCUUGAUCGCGCCACAGUCGCAGUCGCAGGCCCAGCCGGAAUCGAUUGAAUUGCCCCCGCCACCAUCACCACCACCGCCACCACCACUAGAAGCUGAAGAAGCCGCUAACCCAGAAGACGUUCAAGCCGAAGCACCUCCAAGCAGCAUCAUGAGUGUCGCUGGAUUCGAGGACAUCGUUGCGGGUCCGCUGAGCAAAUACCUGACUCUCUCCGCUAAAAUUGGCGGCGAUGUGGCCCAGCAUGCCGAACUCGUGAGAAGCGUUUUUGCCCUGCAGCAGCAGUAUGUGACGCUGGCCACGCAGAUUGCUCAGCCGGCGCAGCCAAAGCAAGCGGAGCUGCUGAAGCCCACGUCGACGCAGAUCAGCGCCAUUCAGGAUUAUCGCGAGAAGCAUCGCACGUCGCCGUUUUUCAAUCAUCUGUCCGCCAUUAGCGAGAGCAUCCCUGCCCUCGGCUGGGUGUGCGUUGAGAAGACGCCCGGACCGUAUGUCAAGGAGAUGAACGAUGCCGGCCAGUUCUACACGAAUCGUGUGCUGAAGGAGUGGAAGGAGAAGGACAGCACGCAUGUGGAGUGGGCACGUUCCUGGGUGCAGACCCUCACCGAACUGCAGGCCUACAUCAAGCAGUAUCACACCACGGGUCUGGUGUGGUCCGGCAAGGGGGCGGCACCGUCUGGCGGUGCCCCACCACCGCCACCACCCGGCGGUCUGCCACCACCACCACCACCAUUGGACUUGAGCGCCCUGAAGCUGGAGAGCGGCGGCGAUGAUCGUAAUGCGCUUUUUGCGCAGAUCAAUCAGGGCGCUGACAUUACCAAGAACUUAAAGAAGGUCACUGGUGAUAUGCAGACCCACAAGAAUCCCUCACUGCGCACUGGACCGGCACCAUUCAAGACGCCCGCUCAGUCGGGCUCAUCGGCUGCACCCGCAGCACCUGCCGUUGCCAAGGAACCCGUCUUCACACGCGAUGGCAAGAAGUGGCUCAUCGAAUACCAGAAGAACAACACUGGCCUGCUGGUGGACAAUGCUGAGAUGAACAAUGUGGUGUAUGUGUUCCGCUGCGAGGGCUCCACGCUGACGGUCAAGGGCAAGGUGAACAACAUUGUGCUGGACUCGUGCAAGAAGUGCUCGCUGCUGUUCGACUCGGUGGUGGCCUCCGUGGAGUUUGUCAACUGCCAGAGCGUCCAAAUGCAGGUGCUCGGCUUUGUGCCAACAAUUUCCAUUGACAAGAGCGAUGGCUGCCAAAUGUAUUUGUCCAAGGAGUCGCUGGGCGUGGAGAUUGUUAGCUCCAAGUCUUCCGAGAUGAAUAUACUCUUGCCCGAUGCAAGCGGUGAUUAUACUGAGCUGGCUGUUCCAGAGCAGUAUAAGACCACCAUUGCUGGCAAGACCCUCAAGACUGUGUGCGUGGACAGCCUCGGCUAAUGUGUGUGCGUGUGUUGGGUAUCCAGCCAUCCGUUGCUUUUCCAGCUAUCAUCAACAGCAUUGGCCAGACACGGCAAUCAUUGUGUGUAUCUAAUAUUAAGCGCAAAAAGUUUUCGUAAUUCAGAAAUUGUAAGAGCCCCAAAAACAAACACAAAACAUUUGCUAUCGUGAAAAGUAUUUAUAUUUAAAGAUAUUUAUGUCGCAUGUCAAUGGAAAAGCGAUGAAAAAGGAACCGCAAGGAACAGAACCCCCAAUGUAUUUAUAUCGAGAUUCGAACAUUUUUUAAGCAGACUCUUCAUUUGAUCGUCAGAAAAUACAACAAACACUUUUUUAUAUUCUAUUGAAAUAAAAUUUAAACAUUUUUUAUCAAA